UGUCCUCAGAACAUCAUGGAAGGGAGGCUACCGGACGUCAUGCUUCCAGUGUGGUUCACCAACGGCUUGGAGGUCGUCUCGUCGUACGUUCAGGACCAGAGCGAGGACUGCCUUUUCUUAAACAUAUAUGUACCCACUGAGGACGUAAAAAGAAUAUCCAAGGAAUGUGCCAGGAAACCGGGCAAGAAAAUAUGUAGAAAAGGAGGUCCCCUAACAAAGAAACAGAAUGAUGAUUUAGGUGAUAAUGAAGGUACAGAGGACGAAGACAUCCGCGAAAGUGGUAGCCCGAAACCAGUGAUGGUAUUUAUCCAUGGGGGAUCUUACAUGGAAGGAACUGGGAAUAUGUUUGACGGAAGCAUCCUGGCAAGCUAUGGCAAUGUCAUUGUGAUCACCUUGAACUACCGACUUGGAGUACUGGGGUUUUUAAGCACUGGUGACCAAGCUGCCAAGGGAAACUAUGGACUCCUUGAUCAAAUCCAAGCGCUGCGCUGGACUAGUGAAAACAUUGCUUUCUUUGGGGGUGAUCCAUUACGCAUUACUGUUUUCGGAUCAGGGGCCGGUGCCUCCUGUGUCAAUCUGUUGACCUUGUCCCAUUAUUCUGAAGGACUCUUCCAGAGAGCAAUAGCACAGAGUGGCACCGCGCUCUCCAGUUGGGCUGUCAGCUUCCAGCCUGCCAAGUAUGCCCGCAUGCUGGCCAAGAAGGUGGGCUGCAACCACAAAGACACUGUAGACCUAGUGGAGUGUCUUCAGAAGAAGCACUACAAAGAGCUUGUGGAUCAGGACAUCCAACCUGCCCGGUACCACAUUGCAUUUGGGCCAGUUAUCGACGGUGACGUGAUCCCUGAUGACCCACAGAUCCUGAUGGAGCAAGGGGAAUUUCUCAACUAUGACAUCAUGCUGGGUGUCAAUCAAGGGGAGGGGCUAAAAUUUGUGGAGCUCAUUGUUGACAGCGAGAAUGGGGUACAGGCAAAUGAUUUUGACUAUGCUGUGUCCAGCUUUGUAGAUGACUUGUAUGGUUACCCAGAAGGCAAGGACAUCCUCAGGGAGACCAUUAAGUUCAUGUAUACUGACUGGGCAGACCGACACAACCCAGAGACCAGGAGGAAGACUCUUCUGGCCCUAUUCACAGACCAUCAGUGGGUUGCACCCGCGGUGGCAACUGCUGACCUCCACUCCAGCUUUGGAUCUCCCACCUACUUCUACGCAUUCUAUCACCACUGUCAGACUGAACAGGUGCCGCCUUGGGCAGAUGCCGCCCAUGGGGAUGAGAUCCCAUAUGUCUUUGGACUACCCAUGAUCGGCCCUACAGAGCUCUUCCCUUGCAACUUCUCUAAGAAUGAUGUCAUGCUGAGUGCUGUCGUGAUGACUUACUGGACAAAUUUUGCCAAAACUGGUGACCCCAACCAGCCAGUGCCUCAGGACACGAAGUUCAUUCACACCAAACCCAACCGCUUUGAGGAAGUUGCGUGGACCCGCUACAACCAGAAGGACCAGUUGUACCUGCAUAUUGGCCUGAAGCCACGGGUGAAGGAGCACUACCGUGCCAACAAGGUGAAUUUGUGGCUAGAGUUGGUGCCCCACCUGCACAGUAUCAACGAGGUUACCCAGGUCCUCUCGACUACCACAAAGGUCCCCCCACCGGAAGUCACCAGGACACCAAAGAAUAUUCCUGUCAACACCAAGCGGCCUAAUCCCACCCCUUUCCCUACGGAAAACCAAGGCAGUCAGAACCAGCCCUUCCUAGUGGACCAGAGGGACUACUCCACUGAGUUGAGUGUCACCAUUGCAGUUGGGGCUUCCCUACUCUUCCUCAACAUUUUGGCCUUUGCUGCGCUUUACUACAAGAAGGAUAAGAGGCGGCAUGACGUGCACCGGCGAUGUAGCCCACAGCGCAACACCGCCAAUGACUUGGCUCAUACCCAGGAGGAAGAGAUCAUGUCCCUUCAGAUGAAGCACACCGACCUGGACCGAGAGUGUGAUACCAUCCAUCCGCACGAGGUGGUCCUGAGAACUGCCUGUCCUCCCGACUACACCUUAGCCAUGCGAAGGUCCCCAGAUGACAUCCCCCUCAUGACCCCCAACACCAUUACCAUGAUCCCCAACACAAUGUCUGGGAUCCAGUCCUUGCAUACGUUUAACACCUUUUCUGGACAGAACAACACGCUGCCCCACCCUCAUUCACACUCGACAACCAGGGUAUAACCAGUGGGACCACAGCACACAAGCAGGACCCAACUGGGAAAUGUGUCCUGGAAC